AUGGGUGAUGAAAAGCAAGGAGUGGGUGCGGAGAUUGAAGGUGGGGUAGGGAGAAGGAUUGUUGGGCGGCUUGCAAAGCGUGAGACGCACGGGAAGCGGACGGCGGGGACGCGGCCCGUUGUCCAGUGCGCGGCGUUGUGUAGAGUACGGCAGAUACUGAGUCAGAUACUGUACUGUAGGCCGAUGCAUUGGAGACCACACAGAGGCGUACACGUGCCGCACACAGGAGUUUAUUUCGGUAACACGAUGACCUCAUCGUACAUCACUUUGUUUCUUUUUCCUUUAAAAAUUGAGGUGCGUACACCGACAUACACACGUGUGCUUUACAGCGAGGACUGCUCCUCCUUGCUCCUCCUUGCUCCUCCUUGCUCCUCCUUGCUCCUCUUGUCCAUGUUGCUCCAGCUUGCCCGCCCCUCUCCUUUGCUCCUCUCCUUUGCUCCUCUCCUUUGCUCCUCUCCUUUGCUCCUCUCCUUUGCUCCUCUCGCUUGCAAGCUUUCGUGGACAAUGCAAAGUGCCUCAGCAAUUCAUGCUUGCCCUUCAACGCAAACCGCAAGUGACAGAGAAGAGCAACCAGCACUUGCUGAAGGCUAUUGUACAAACUUCGAAGAAAAGUAG